UUCGUUCCUUGACGACACAAUCUGGCUACAUUUCCUAUUCUACACCCGCCGAAUUUCACUUAUCAAUUAUUAAUCGAACGUAUUUCUACAGUGCUCAGCGAAAGAAAAUCAAUAAAAAUGGUCAGCCAAGAGGAUUUUGAUAAAGCCGCCGAGAAUGUUAAGAACUUAACUUCUACUCCAUCCGAUAAUGAUUUAUUGGAAUUAUACAGUUUGUACAAACAGGCGACCGUAGGAGAUAUCAACACCGAUAAACCCGGCUUCUUGGACUUCAAAGGCAAAGCAAAAUGGGAAGCCUGGAACAAUCGUAAAGGUACAUCGAAGGAUGACGCUAUGAACUCUUAUGUGGAGAAAGUCAACGCUUUGGUUCAGACCCAUGGAUUGAAAGCUUAAAAAUUAUAAUUAUACAUCUGAAAUUAUGGAACAAAAGAAAUGCUAUUGAAUAGCAGUUUAAUCAUUUAUCACUUAGAUAUUCCAUUUUCUAUAAUUGGUAUUGAAUUUUGAAAAUAAUUACACUAAUAAGAAAACCACCGUCUGUUUCCGAACGCACGUUUUAAUGCACAAUUUUCUAUCUUUUAUUAUCAUAAAAGUAGUCAGCUUUAUAAACUUUUUGUAUUUUUUGAGUGUUAUUAAAAUAUAGACAUAACUUAAAACACA